CCAUAAGGUGAAGUUGGUUAUAUGUGAACAGCAUCAUGUGCAUCUAUUGACCUGCAGUAUGUAGGAAGGUUGAAAAGAGUUGGGGGAGGAAGAAGGCUUUGAGGAGGGAUACUCAAGAGAGAUGCUGUUACAGGACUAGAACAGGUUUCUAAGGCUAUCAGUGUAUGUACGAUGCUUUCGACCUUCUUUUUGUGCAAUCGAUUAACACUUGUGCAAAGCAGCUCCACAAUGAGAUCUAGAUUAGGACUUGUCUUCUGUUCAGCUGGAGUCUGAUCACUGAACAGACAUAUUGCAAACUUUGUGAUCUCAUAAAUUUAAAUUGAUCUAAUGAGGCAACUUAGAUAACAACCACAACAACAACAACGACAGCAACAAUAAUAAUAAUAAUAAUAAUAGUAGUAGUAGGCUAAUGUGCUUAUGUUGUCAUUAACUUAGUUUCAAUUAACGGAAAUUUGAAGGCAGUCCCGAUUACAGAUGAUUUAAACAUUAUAGAGAGUAAGAAAGAUACAGUACCAGGGCCUUAAAGAACUCCGGUUUAUUCCAGUUAAUAAUGGACAUUUUCUAAAUGAGCAAAAGGAAAUGUUGUAAAUAGUUAAUGUGACCAUUAACGUGUUUUUCAGCGUUUUCUAUAGGGGACCACGGGGCUCUCCGUCUCAUACUAUCUGAAUCUAACGUAUUUUCUAAAGUUAAAACAACAUAUAAGCUUUACAGUAUAAAUAUCUCGUCAGUACGACUUCAUUUUUUCGAGAGGAAACUGAAAAGGCACCUUAGACCGGGUUUGGGACAGUUUCAGAGUCUGGUCGUCAGGGGGCGCCAGAGCAACAGCGACCGACAAGGUCCUGCAGCCGUGCGCUCAGUGUGACUUAACUGUGUGAACUGAGUUGUGUGUUGAGAUUCUGGUAAUGGACCUUGGGUGAUGGAGGCUGGCAGGGUUUCUCAUUUAGCAGGAUAAGUUAAACUCAACGUGUGAGCUGUUUGACUGGUUAGCUGUCCCUUACCUCCCAUCCAAUUGGACAGGCUUGAUUAUAAGCUUAAGUGAGAAAUCCUGCUUUAUGGAUACAACAUUUUACACACAAGCGUAGUCCUGCAUGAUCAGCCGGAGAAAGACCUCAUCAGGGUUUUAUCUUCUGUCUUUGUGCUCUGUGUGAUUUGUUGCAAAUUAGAAAUCCAGAAAAUAAAUGUGGAAUUUAAACGAACUGCUUGUAGUUUUUCACCAGAACUGGUUAGUGUUAUACACUACCAGCCAAUGGUAGGGCAGCAAGACCUUACUUUGUACUAACCAAUCACUGUGUAGGGGGCGUGACUUGCCGCUGCAAGAGUGAGGGGAAAAAAGUGAACGCUUAGCAAAAAGCAGUUUCUCCGCCCCUCAGUGUCCCGAAUUUAACACACGAGCAACUUUAAAGCCAUGGUUUCAUUCCAUGUCAGUGUCAGUGCCAACUGCAGAGCUGCAGGACAACCUGUCUCGGGUUCUAACUCUGCAAACUGAGCACAUAUUUAGAACAGAGGCCAUAAAGUUAUGGUAGAGCAGGCAGGAAAAAGAGCACAUCUCUCUAAUGACUGGCAGUAAAUUGGCAGUUUAGGGGAAAUUUGACUAAGAGACAUGUAUGUAAGGAGACAUGCUGCUGGAGGACGAAAAAUGGACAACAGGAGGUUUACGGUUGUUGAAGGCUCGGCUGGUAAUGAUUCCCUGCAGUGCGGUGGGUUCAGUCCCAGGAAGAGGCUUAACUCAGCUGAGGAGUUGCAGAGGGGCCAGAGGCCAAACCCAGAGGGCAGCGGAGCCAGUCUGUGCCAGAGAUGCCAGCUGAUCACGGCCGAGCUGCACAAGCAGGCGCUGGAGCUGGCAGCGCCAGAAACAACAAAGGACCCAGGCAUUGCAGCCUUGCUCCUUGAUAAACUCCAGGCGGUGGAAUGGCCUCCACGGGGUCGUGGUGCUGAGAGCUGCUGUGAGGUGUGUGGAACUCCACUGCAUCAGCUGAGGCGUUGGGCCCUGCACUCUGCUUUGGGGCUUGGGCUGAAUGACGUGCCAGACCUGCAGCCUGGGCAGUUUUCUGGCCUCCUGUCACUGCACUCGGCUGCCCACAGCGUGCCCUCACCACACCCUUCCUGGGACUGGCCGAAACAGAGCCCCCUAUCCACAACUAGGCAACACUCCUCCAGGUCACACGGUGAGUCAGCAGCAGGAGUGAAGCACAGGGAAAUGGGCUGGAUCAAAAGUGGAGCUGCUGGGACGGGCAUCAAGCCAACCUGCCUUGCCACAGUCACUCCGCUACCCGUCCAUGCUCAGCACUAUCUGGAGGGAGUGUGGAGCGUGACAAGGGUCAGUAGAGUCCAUCAGCAGCAAUACACACAGAAUCAGGCUCUAAACAAGGAGAAUUUACAAUCAGAAGCUUCCAGGUCUGCCCCGGCCAGCACUGUUCCUUCCGUCUGUCCAACAGGGUAUAGGCAUGCCAACCAAGGCCACUCAGUAUCCCCACCUGCAUCUCAAGGCAGCUCAGCAGCCUCCUUCUUCCUCAGAGCUGCUCAGAAGCUGAAUCUCUCUAAACGGAAGAAGCUCCACCCCCCUCCUCCCCCCUCUCCACCUGACCUGGAUGAGCCGUUCUUCUACACUGAGGGUUUCAGUGCCACUCUGCAGGUGUCCCCACCACCUGUCCCACCAUGCCUGCUCAGAGCCGGCUCAAAGGUCAAAGACAGCCCUGGGAUGGGAAAGGUUAAAGUAAUGGUGCGCAUAUGUCCUGCCAAAGGAGCAUGGGACACUUCUGAGUCCAUGUCCUUCCUGAAGGUGGAUGUCCAAAAGAAGCAGCUGACCUUCUGUGAGCCGCCCGCUACCACUCAGAAGCGUUUUUCAUCCACUGCUGCCCCAAAGACAUUUAACUUUGAUGCAGUCUUCGCCCACGAUGCCUCACAAGCAGAGGUGUGUUCAGGUACUGUGGCUGAGGUCAUUCAGUCUGUGGUCAAUGGGGCAGAUGGCUGCAUCUUCUGUUUCGGACAUGCCAACCUCGGCAAAACCUACACCAUGAUUGGCAAAGACAGCUCCACCCAGAGUUUGGGCGUGGCCCCCUGUGCGAUCUCCUGGCUCUUUAAGCUGAUCGAAGAGCGGAAGGAGAAGGCUGGAGUGCGGUUCUCUGUGCGCGUUUCUGCAGUGGAGAUCAGUGGCAGGGAGGAGGUUCUGACUGAUCUUCUAGCUGACUUCUCUCCAGGCACGUCCCAGGACACUCAGAGGGCGGAGGUCUACCUGAGAGAGGACCCUGUUUCUGGAUCCCAGCUUCAGAAUCAGAGUGAGCUGCGGGCGUGCUCUGCAGAACGGGCUGCAUUUUUCCUGGACACAGCUUUAGCAGCGCGGAGCACCAGCAAAUCUGAGUGUGAAGAGGAGCAGCGCCGUAACUCCCACAUGCUCUUCACUCUACAUGUCACCCAGUACCGCAUGGAGAAGAGCGCCAAGGGUGGAAUGUCUGGAGGUCGGAGUCGCCUGCAUCUCCUGGACCUGGGUAGCUGUGAAGCUGACCUCAGCCGGACGAGGGAUGGAGGAGGGGGCCAGUGUCUAUCACUAGCUGCCCUGGGGAAUGUCAUCCUUGCUUUGGCCAAUGGUGCCAAGCAUGUUCCAUACAGGGACAGCAAGCUCACCAUGCUGCUGAGGGAGUCACUGGGCAACAUCAACUGCAGAACCACCAUGAUCGCCCACAUCUCUGAUUCGCCGGCCAAUUAUACUGAGUCGCUCUCCACUGUUCAGCUAGCAUCCCGCAUCCACCGCAUGAGGAAGAAGAAAUCCAAGUAUACCUCCAGUUCCUCAGGAGGAGAGAGCUCUUGUGAGGAGGGACAAAUCCGACGACCAGCUCAUUUAAGACCCUUCCACCCCAGGACAGUGGCUCUAGACCCAGACCACCCUACAGUUUUGUCCAGCGACCCGGACUACUCCUCUAGCAGUGAGCACUCCUGCGAUACGGUCAUCUAUGUGGGGCCUGGAGGUGCCACUAUUUCUGACCGUGAACUAAGCGAUAAUGAGGGCCCACCUGCCUUUGUUCCCAUCAUUCCCUCAUUGAACAAAAAACGAGCAAAAGAGGCACCUAAAUCAGAUGGAGACCAUUUGAAAUGUAACACUUUUGCAGAGCUACAAGAGCGACUGGAGUGCAUUGAUGGAAGUGAGAGUACAUCUGCUUUUACUGGUGAAGGGAGAGCACCCCAGACAGCCCCUAAGGCUCAGAGUGGAGCUGGAAAAGUAACAGAAGGGACUCCAGUCUCUCCCAAGACACUUAAAUCAUCCAUCCAAAAGUCUGCUCACAUGGAACAUUUCAAAUUGGCCUCAGAUGGAGCUGUAUCUGAGCCUAGUAGAACUUCAGCUCAAGACUCUGAGCCAGUUGUAAGAGAGAAGGUCUACCUCAGCAAAGGACCUUUACAAAAACCCCAUGCCUCCCUUUCACUACACAGAACCUCGGAUAUGGCCACUGAUAGUGGAUUAGCCACAAGAACACCUCCAGUGGGUAUGAGCCAACAAGCACUUAGGCAAGGAGAGCAUGCUGGUUCCCCAGUCCUUGACCAAACUCAUCAUCUUAGUAGGAGUCCCUUGGAGGUGAGCCACCUUCGAGCAGCUCUGAGAAGCAGAUGUCUAGACAGAGAUGUUUUAAGGACUACUGUCACUCUUCAGCAGCCUGUAGAGCUGAAUGGAGAGGAUGAACUGGUGUUCACUGUGGUAGAGGAGCUGCCCGCUGGUCUCGUUCCCGACAAUGGCCGACCCUCUAGCAUCAUCAGCUUCAACAGUGACUGUUCCUUGCAGGCUUUAGCCUCUGGCUCUCGUCCAGUCAGUAUAAUCAGCAGCAUUAAUGAUGAGUUUGAUGCUUACACGGCCCAAAUAGACCGAGCACGGAUAAGCCAAGCAAGGUCAAAAGAAGAGCUCUCCUCUGGACACAGCACAGUGCAAUUGUCCAAAGGCUCUUGGCCUAGCAAAACAAAUGUUGGUACCGAUGGCACACAUUCAGCAAGAGGCCUUUUAUCAAGGGGAAUGGGCAUAAGACUUGAAAAUACAUCAACAAUGGACAUACCUGGUGUUUUAAGUAUGGAGUCUUUCUCCCAUCAAGGCACAAAGAGCUCCUUCAGUGAAAGUGCAAUAUGUUUUUCAGAGUUGGACUAUGAACCUGUAACCUCUGAGAAAGUGACAAAGUGCCCUCCACCUCAUGACACUGCCAAAACAUCUCUUAGAGGUCAAAAGCAUGUAAAGUCAAGUACCCUGAGCUCAUCUGCCCAGAUUCCAGGCAUUACUUAUUCUACUCUCCCUAGAAAAAAUAAACCUACCUCAUCUGUUGCUUCAACAAGCAGCUGUAGCCAUGAGUUGCAGCAGCAAGGAAACAGGACAGAUGAUCAGUGGAUGCACACUAGUGGACAGGCAGACAUAAGAAAUACAGAGUUCAUCUCUGCUGGCAAGCCAUCUAAAAGCACCUUGACUGGAAUUCCUUCCAGAAAAAUGGGUGGGAAUAGCAACAGUGUACCACGGUCUCCCAAACUACCCAUAUCCUCCUCAUCGCAGAGGGUGGUAGAUGGUUGUGAGAAAUCCAGUGUUAAGAAGGGUGAGAGUCUCAGCAGAAUGCCUCAACUCAGACGAGGGGCCACAACGCUUGGCAUGGUCUCAGUGCCCCAAAGCUCUACAGAAACCAAGUGGGGUCAUGAUACCAUACAGACAAGUGCUAGUUUGAAAUUCUCAUCUUUAGGGAAGAGAACAAAUGGCCAGAAAGGGAGCAUGCUUCCAAAGUCUGGCAGCAUGUCACCUCCUGCCCCACCACUCCGGAAAUCAAGCCUGGACCAGAGGACACGGGUUUUGCUGUCCCCUAGUGCCUUAAGAUCAUUGGGCAAUGAUGCGAUGAGAUCUUCCUCUUCCAAAGCAUCAAUCUCUGAGGAGGAUUUUGAUGUUCAGUUCAGAGGAGAAUCUUUUAACUUCAAAUCAUCCAGCUUAAAGGCAGGGUCUAGUCUUCAGACAAGAGGAACAAAAGGAGACACGGGAAGAUAUUUUGGCAGUCUUUUGUCUCUUGAAAGAUGCGACAGCUUAACAUCAGUGAGAUCCAAACAAGGGACACUGAGAGAGAGCAGUAGUGCCAGCUUGGGCAGCAAUGGAAAAUCAAGUAGGACUGUGCCUAGACUUGGGGUAACCAGUUCCACAUCUUUGCCGAUUUCUCCUCCAUCAUCUACUUACUCUGGAGUCAGUAAGUUGGGGCAAAUCAAAGCCAGUAUAACCCCUAGAGCUAUUGCUAACAAUGGAACAAAAACAAAGUCCUUGUCUACUAAUGUCUCUAAAGCUUUGAGUUCCACCAAAUCUAUUUCUGCACGGAAUGCAAGUCUACCUCCAACUGGAAAAACCCCAAGUCGUUCUGUUCUUGGUGCCAAUGGCAAACCAGGCAAAGGUACCAUAAUGGGCACAAAACAAGCUGUUCGUGCAGCUAACAGCCGUGUUAGCGAGCUAGCAUCAGGCAGCUCCAAGAAGCACAUCAAGGGAACUGGUGAUCAGGCAAGUGAUUUUGGCUCCACUCCCAGUGAUCUUUCAAUGCCUGCUGCUUUGCCUUCACCCUACAGCAAGAUCACUGCUCCUCGGCGACCUCAACGCUACAGCAGUGGCCAUGGCAGUGACAACAGCAGUGUCCUCAGUGGUGAGCUUCCUCCAGCCAUGGGUCGCACGGCACUCUUCUACCACAGUGGAGGCAGCAGUGGCUAUGAAAGCAUGAUCAGGGACAGUGAAACUACAGGCAGUGCAUCAUCAGCCCAUGACUCCAUGAGUGAGAGCGGUGUGUCUACUUCCAGCCGAGCCAAGGUCUCAAAGUCUCCCAAAAAGAGAGCCAAUGGGCUGCAGCGGCGACGACUGAUCCCUGCUCCCCUGCCAGACACUUCUUCACUAGGCAGGAAGGCUGGUGCUGCAGGCCAGUGGGUGGACCUGCCUCCAUUGGGAGGCACCCUGAAGGAGGCCUUUGAGAUUAAGGUGUACGAGAUAGACGAUGUGGAACGCCUUCAGAGGCGCAAGGAGGGCAUGGUCACGGAGCCAUUUCAGGAUGUUGAAAAGGGCUUGCAGUACUUCAACGCUCGCCUCAGGAUGUUGGAGAAACGGCAGCAGCAGAUCAGGGAGCUGCGGGCCAAGCACGAGAGGCUGAAGAGAGAGCUAGAGGACGCCAAGACUCGGCUAAUGCUGGACCCCGCCAAGUGGAUGGGAGAGUUUGAUGUAGACCCAGAUCUGGACCAGGACUCCCAGGACUACCUAGAGGCUUUGGCUCAGGCCACAGGCGAGCUGGAGUUUUGCGUAAACCUGUGCAAGUCUCGCGUCAUGAUGGAGACCUGCUUCGAUAUUAUGGCCCCAACAUCCCCAGGACAGGAGAUGGAAGUGUGAGUGAGAAAGGAGAAGAGCGGCAUAUCGGUUCCCUUUUGCUCUCUUAUAAGAUCUUGUAGAGAGAUGAACCUGGGACUGGACAAAACAUGUCAUGCUGCAUGUCGUCCUGUGGCAAAGAUGGUUUGUUCUUUGGGGAGUCUGGACCGGCUCCUGCUCUGAUCAACACAGUGGAAAUAAACAACAAAAAAACAAGGUUCCUGGCUCUGUAGAGUGCAGAGAAGUAAAGACAACAAGAAAACAAGGGAAUAAGAGGGGGAAAGAGUCAUUUAUGUUACCAGAAAGUGCCUUGAUCUGAGCAAACCCAAGGAGUAUGUCUUUUCUGACUGGUGCUAGUGUUAAGCCCACUGAACCUGAGCAAAUCCCUUAUCAUAUUCCUUUGGGAAACAAUAUACACAAAGUAUUUUGCAUUGUAAUGUAGUGUAUACUGUAUUUAUAUUAUUUCACAGUAUGUAAAAUUAAUAACAUUUUAGAUAAUAAAAGUCAAAAUGUAUAGAAAAAAAGCAAUAAGGUAAUUUAUUGCCAUUCCAAAAAAAUGUUUGCCUUUUUAAAUUAUUGUUUUAAUGACCUCCUGUGGAGCUGCUCACCUUUCUUAUCCUUUCUUAAGUUCUCAAACAUCAUGCAAGAACAUCCUGUAUUAUUGACUGGGCUUUUUUGAUUUACCCACCAGCCUUCGCCAAAACUUGUACUUGAUGAGCUAACACUGAACCACUAAACCAUCUAUAGGUGGUAUAACUGUGUUUGUUUGCAAGUUGCCUGUGUGUGUUGUAUGAGUGAGUGACCAGAACUGUGUUCACAUGGGUUGAUAUUAGAUCUGCUGUUUGGAUAUGUUUUGUGUUUUUAUGCAAUCUAAAGAAAAGAAUACCUGAUGUUACUGCUUGCCACACAUGUAACAGCACGUGUUGGAGGAUGAAACAAGCACACUCUUUGGCUUUUAAAGGAAUUCUCCAGUGUUUUUCCACCUAAUCUCUGUCUGCUACAUCUGUAACAUACAGUCUGUUACCACUCACAGUAAUUUUGAUCCUUUUCCUUUAACAGAACUCCCACUGAUUCAAAAUGCACUUACAAAAGAAACCAGUGGGCUGUUGCUGAGCAUUAAUAAACAUUAAACAUUAAUACAAAACACAAAGCUACUUCUGUAGAACACUUAGAUCUCAUAGAUUCUUCAGUCAAAAGCAAAUUAAGCUAUAAAUCUGUGUGUUUUGUUUUUUCAGCGAUAGGACUAGUUUUCCAUAUAGAAGAAUUUGGUAAUACAUUUAGUAUAGUAGGUUACUGCCUGAUAAUGCACAGAUACCAGAAUUUCUUUUUAAAUGUAUUUACAGUGUUUGACAAAUGCAUAAAACACCAUAAGAACAGAUGUAAAACAUUUAAAAAGAAAUUCCAACAUCUAAAAGGUCCCAUAUACCAUAUUUUUUCUUGUAUCUUUUCCCCUGAGGUUCAUCACGUUUGUUGUAAAUCGUAAAUCAUUUUUACAUGAAAUUUCCAGCCUCUCUUCAUCCUUACAAUUAAACAGACUGUUUUUAUUACUGUGCCUUUAAGACUCAUAUAUGUAAAUGACCUUUGUUCUGAUUGAUUGCCCUGUAUUGUGCUUAACUCUGGGCUCUGUAUAACUUUAGUGUGAAUGGGUGGAACUCAAUUGCUGUAGACUUAAUCAACAAAUAUAAUGUGUUUGUUUUUGUGGUAUCAUUAUAACGAUAACUUCAACAACGUUUUUGCAGCUUUCUUCCCAUAUAGGGACUGUAUGGACUGGGAAGUGAAUGUCAUGUUCUGAAGCUACAAAUUUUUUAAUACCACCUACUACAUCUCAUCCUUUUUUAAAAAAAAAGGUUUUUCACAAUAUGGGUCACAUUUGUCUUUGCAGUUGCACUGAGCAUUAACAAUAAAAAAAUAUAUAAACCUCAUAAAUUUGCAAAUCCUGGAAGCUUGAGCCAAGUGAAGCCAGCUGUGGUCUCUGGAAAAAACUGCUUGUCCUUGACAGUUCAAAGAAAACAAGGAGUUCCCUAGUUAAAGUUAGCUGUUCACCAAACUACAAGAUCCCACCAAAACAUCACAUCAAGACCACCAGUGAUUGUUUCAUUUUUGCUCCACCUGAGCAAAGCAAAUAGUGAGGAAACAGUCCAGGCUGAGCACAGCUUUAAACAGUCACAUUUUAAAUGCGUAUUCACAGAAUUCAGCAUCUUCCCAUUGGCUUCUAUAACAAAUGACUUUCAAGUCAAAUGGCUUUCAGUUAUUCUCUAAGUGCAGGGAAAAAUAUUGAAUAUUACUCUCUGUGGUAAUCGAUGGUAUAAGAGGGAUACAGCAACUAGAGAUUAGAUAGAGAUUAGGCUCAGAAACACUGAACUGCUUUAAACAUGCAAGCUCUGCAGUCCUGGGCCAGCACUGUGUAAUGUAAUACAGCAGAACGCAGACAGAAAUAAAUCAUCAAUCAGAGCCUUUCUCUAACACUUCUCAGGACUCCUGGUGUGUGUGUGUGCAUAAGCGUGUAUGUUUUUUUUUCUCUAACUCAUGCAACAAUUUUGUUUUAUCACAUAUAAGUGCUGAAUAUUUUCUACGCCCCCUCUGGCGAUGUGGAAAUGAUAAACCUGAGACAGCACCACUACAUAAAAAUAGGCGGAUGUACUUCAUUGAAUCCAUCAUUCCAGGUUGUAUUGUAGAGAACCAGGCAAAUCACUGCUGCAAAUGGAGACUGGUGCCUGUACUCCCAAGCGUUAGACAUGAUCUUUAUUAACGUGUUUCAGACAAAAAAUUCAUACCAGUUUGUUUUUUCUGCACUGGGGCCGUGUAGCAGUGUGUAACAUCUGCCUGUAUUAGACAUUAGUCUUACAGUCUCACUCAGAUCAGAGUAGCAUCUUCAUCUUUGAAUGGUGGAGCUCAAACAGUGGCAUGAACAAAAUCCGUUUCUGUGAUUAUGUUGAGAAAAAAAAAAAGUAUUUCUAAAGUGAAAUGUAGUCGUCAUUUUUCAUAAAGGAAGGAAUUACCUUAAAGGAUUUGCAAAUGUUUGACUUGGAAUCUGACAUUAAAAAUCAUUUACAAGUGAAUUAAUCCUUCAUUUCUCUCCAAGAAGAGACUCAGGCUCUUUAACACUGGUGCAUGAGUUUCUUGCCCAAUUUUUUUUAUGAUUUUUACUAAUGAUUUACUUCUUUCCAAUCAUUUUAAGAGUUUUUUACAGAUCUGUAACAUUUUCCGUCAGCUUUAUAUUGUACAGUUUUCUAAUGCUUUGUAAAACCAUGUACAGUCUCAUCAGUUUGCAUCAA